UACCACAACUACCGUCAUAUCAUAUACAGUACACAAGUUACAAUCAUACACAUAUUUCCUUUUCAACAUUUAUUCUGCUAAAUCUUUACUUAUUCUUCAACACCAAUUCACACCAUAACUCUGUCAUCCUUCAUACUGGCACCACCGUGAAGAUCCGAUACACCAUUACCGUAGUCCGCCUCAUCUUCUAUCUAGUUUGUCGUUAUUAUUUCAGACAUGGUGUAGAUGUUGGAUGAUGUUGUGUGGUGUUGACGUGGCAAGGAGGUGUGAACCUAAGAUUUAAAGCGGUGGAGUCGGAGUUAAUUGUUGGUAGAAGUAAUACUUGUAAAAGCACAUCACUCAUUCAUUCUCUCAUCGGUGAUCAUUUCUUCCUUCCGUCCUUCUUCUCCAAAUGGCGGAUAAUGAUUGUACGCUGAAUGAGUAUCUGACGGUUGCAGUUGAUGUUGCUAAGAAAGCCGGAGAGGUUAUUCGGAAAGGAUUUUUUCAGACUAAGCAUGUGGAGCAUAAAGGAUCGGUAGAUUUGGUCACAGAAACCGACAAAGCUUGUGAAGAUCUCAUAUUUGAUCAUCUUAAGCAGCAUUUUCCCAACCAUAAGUUCAUUGGUGAAGAAACCACUGCUGCCAAUGGUGUAACUCAACUGACGGACGAACCGACUUGGAUAGUUGAUCCUCUUGAUGGAACAACCAACUUUGUGCAUGGGUUUCCCUUUGUCUGUGUUUCUAUUGGUCUUACCAUUGGAAAGGUUCCUGCAGUUGGGGUUGUUUACAAUCCAAUCAUGAAUGAGCUUUUCACUGCAAUUGAUGGAAAAGGUGCUUUUCUUAACGGAAAUCCAAUCAAAGUAUCUUGUCAGUCUGAAUUGGUCACAUGCCUUCUUACCACGGAGGCUGGAACCAAGCGUGAUAAAGCCACUGUGGAUGCCACUACAAAUAGAUUGAAUAGCCUACUUUACAAGGUAAGAUCACUCAGGAUGGGAGGCUCGUGUGCAUUGGGUCUUUGUGGUGUUGCAUGUGGAAGGAUUGAUCUAUUUUAUGAGCUUGGAUUUGGAGGUCCUUGGGAUGUAGCAGCAGGGGUUGUAAUUGUUAGAGAAGCUGGUGGAGUCAUCUUUGAUCCAUCUGGUAAUGAUUUUGACAUUACUGCUCAGCGCAUUGCAGCUUCAAACACACUAGUGAAAGAUGCAUUUGUUGAGGCAUUACAACAGUCGGCUUAAACGACAAUCUCAUGGGCCUCGAGAGCUUGACUUUUGCAGUUAGGUUCUCUUGUUUCUUCUUUACCAUAUCAAACUGAGAUUUUGUUGACUCCCAACAUACAUUUUAUUUAGAGUUAUAUGCAUUAUAAAUAUACAUAUAUAUUUCUGAUGAUUCUUGGCAUCACAAAGUGCGACAUCUCUUAGAAACUUGUAUUACACACAUAUUUUUAAGUGCUUCGAAUACAUUAUAAGCAUUCAUUUCUUUUUUUGAAA